GUCAAAGUCGCCGUCCACGACACGUUCACACUCGCGAGUCGCGACGCCUAUACCCGUCCAUGGCGGUGGCGGCAACGGGCGAAGCAGCUUUCCCGGCGGGGAUCGGCCAUGGCGAGCGGCCUGUGGGGCGCGCUCGGGCAGGCGUCGAGCGUGGCGCAGCUGGUCGGCGUGGACGCGCUGGGGCUGGUCUCCAUGGUGGUGCAGGCGGCGCUGGCGGCGCGCCGCCACCGGGACGCGUGCCGGCGGCUGGGGCAGCACGUGGACCUCGUCGGCGGCCUGCUGCGGGAGCUAGAGCUCGCCGAGCUGAUGCGGCGGGAGGCCACCAGGCGGCCCCUCGAGCGGCUCCAAGGCGCGCUGCGGCGGUGCUACGCACUCGUCAGGGCGUGCCAGGAUGACUGCGGCUACCUCCACCGCCUGCUCCUCGGCGCUCGGAUGGCCGACGAGCUCCGCGCCGCGCAGCACGAGAUUGACAUGUACAUACGCCUCAUCCCUCUCAUCUCUCUAGUCGACAGCAGCAACAAUAAUCGUCGUGUCACGGCAACCGAGGGGGUGCCCAGUGUAGUCCCAAGUUAUUCAGAUCAUCACACAAGGUUUCCAAGAAGAAUAUUGGCGUUCACUGAAAUACAUGUUCAAGGAGCCACCAAACCUAGGGAAAUCAGGGGGAAAUCAUUAGAAGUAACAGUGGACCUGCAAGAACAGAAAAUAAUGGACAUGGAGGCAAUAAUGAGACUUUGUAUCCAAACUGAAGAGAACUAUCCAGGAUUUAGGAAGUUUGGUUUCUUUCAGCUUGUGGAUGCUACAGAUGGUUUUUCAGAGAACAGAAAUGUCGGAAUUGGUGGAUUCGGUACUGUUUACAAGGGCCAGCUACUUGAUGGACAUACAGUUGCUAUCAAAAGAUUUGUUGUGGAUGCAGCAAUAUUUGAUUUCAAAAGUGAAUUGCAGCUUGUAAGGCUUCAGCAUACCAACCUAAUUAGGUUAUUGGGAUGGUGCAUUCAUGAAAAAGAAAAGAUUCUUGUGUAUGAGUUCAUGCAGAAAGGCAGUUUAGACAAUAUUAUCUUCCACAAAAGGAAGGGCGCAUUGCUAAAUUGGUCUAAGCGACUUCAGAUAAUUAAAGGGCUAGCUGAGGGGCUUCUUUACCUGCACAAGCACUGUUUGAUUGUACAUAGGGAUUUGAAACCAAAUAAUAUCCUCUUAGACCAUGACAUGAACCCAAAGAUUGCUGAUUUUGGAUCUGCAGUAACACUGGUUUCAGAUGUAGCAGAAGAGUGUACAAGGAGAGUCGUGGGAACCAGUGGUUACAUAGCUCCGGAGUAUGCAUCGGAAGGCCGUUAUUCGCUUAAGACAGACGUGUUUAGCUUUGGCGUCGUGGUUCUAGAAAUCAUUAGUGGACGAAAGAAUUUCAUAAUGGAGAAACAAGGGGAUACCGUUGGCAAUCUCAUUCGAGACGUGAGUAUUUGUUUUAAUGGUCUUCUUCUAGCAAAUAGUAUUUGUGUUGGGCACCUGACUAACUGUAACAUAUUUCAGGCAUGGCAUAUGUGGAGAGAUGGAAGGUUGCAUGAGCUUGUAGACCCAGCAUUGUGUGAUGAAUAUGAAAGCCCUGUGAUAAUGCGAUGCACUCAGGUGGCGCUUCUUUGUGCUCAAGAAGAUCCAACAGAACGGCCCACAAUGACAGAUGUUACUAGAGUUCUGAACUCUCAAAGCAUACUAUUAUCAGAUCCAAAGAAGCCAACUGAGCUAACUGAUGGAGGUGCUAGUACUGACAGGCCAUCGACAUAUAUUGGCCAGUCGAGCAAGACGAUAGACAUAACCAUCACAAGUUCAGCUCCGGUGUCCACCAGAGUUCGCAUCAUUGUUGACCCAGAAAUUUGAUUUGAGGUGGAAAAACACCUGCUGUAGAUAGAGAUCGUGGUACAAAAGAGUUGUUUUGUUGAGUCGUCCAUAUUGGCGUGCCUUGGUGAUGCAAUACUGCAAGUAAUGUAGAUUGUGCUCCUGAGAGUGAUCAGAGCUAUCCACUAUGUAUGGUGUGUGACGCUGCCAUUCAACACAAAGCUGAUUAUUUUACUCAGCUCA